AAAAGACAUAGGGUAGUCUUUUAUACUAAAAAUCAUUGGUUCACGGGGUGAAAAGGGUGGAAUUCUCUCUGGGAAACCAAUUUUUCCAAUCAGACGAAGUCGUGAUUAGAAAUACACUAGUGAGAAAUAAAUUUCAAAUUCCUGUAGUGAUCAGUAUCCAUCCUCGCGGCGAUAUCAACAUCACCUGGUACGCCGCCGCGCUCGCCAUGGCCGUAGUGACAGCCACUACCCUGGCGGGGAACUGUGCAGUGCUGGUCGCGUUAAAACGCGUGAGGCGAGCGCCCGCGCACUAUCCCCUGGCGAGUCUGGCGGCGGCGGACCUACUAGUUGGCGCGUUCGUCCUACCCAUAGCUGCGGCCAGGGAGCUCUUCGUGUUCCAUUUGAAUUGGGUGAUAUGCUCCUGCUGGAGCACCCUGGACGUGCUAUGCUGCACCGCUUCGAUCCUGUCGUUAUGCACGCUGGGCUGGGAGCGCUGGUGUGGCAUCACGGCUCCAUUGUCCCGCGCCCGUCGCGCCCGCCACGCGAGGCUCUACGCCGUCCUCGUGUGGCCAGUGUCGACUGUAGUUGCGAUGCCUACCGUGUUCAUACCGUCGCCGAAGCAUUUCGUGCCAGGGGAAAUGCCGAAGGCAUGCACCGUGAACACUAAUAUUGGUUACGUGUUCUUCAGUACAACGUUUUCGUUCUACUUGCCAGCGAGUGUGAUGGUCACACUUUAUGCCAGGAUCCUGUGUGCACUGGCAUCCCCUCCACCCAUUAGGGCUCAUCGAGGCCGCUCACCAAAUAAGACUGUCUCAGCUCCGAAAGAAAAAAUGACGACAAAAGAUGCGUCAUCGUCUGAAGGAGGAAGACAUUUGAGUAUACCAGGACAGAACGCAGUUAAGAGGGAAGUGUCUAUGGUUAAAAAACCCAAUAUGUCAGAUGAAAUGCUUAAUCGUCAACGCAGAGCCACGCGAACUAUAGUGAUGUUGAUGUCCUUAUUCUUGUUGUGCUGGACGCCAUUCUUUGUGAUGUUACCGAUUGAUUCGCUGUGCGAAUGCGUACGAGACGUCGGCUGGUUGUGGUGCACCUGGUUGGGCUAUACCAACUCAGCGCUCAACCCGCUCGUGUACGCGGCCGCGUCGCCCACUGUGCGGCGAGCUUUACACGCCUCUCUGACUACAUCCAGCUCGACGAGGAACACCGAUGUGCAGCUGUCGCCAAGUGUGAGAAGACCUUAGAA